AUGCCUAAAGUCAAAAAACCAAAAAAGUCUCAAGAAGAUAAAUUAAACGGCAUCCGUACAACAAGACGUUCAAAAAGAUUAACAAUUUCAUUUUUAGGAAGCACCGGUAUAAAGUCAACUAUCGAAUUUGGAGAAAUUAUUAAAGAAUCAGAUGAUCAAAAAGAAUAUGAUCACACUAAAUUAACAUUACGACAUUCCUAUAAAGAAGCAAACUACGACACAACUAUUAAUCUCAAGCAAGUAACUUACAACAAAUUUAACAAUAAAUUUUUUGCCAAAGAAGGAACCGUUGAAUAUCUUAUUACCAGAGACAAUAAUGAGAUAAAAAAAGAAUGCCACAAAAUGGAAAACCUUACUAUAGAAUUUACUAAAACUUUUACAAGAUGGAAACCCUUAUAG